AUGUUGAAGACAACAACACCGAUAAAGACUGGCAAUCACCAGGCCGAACUCACUCUUUUUCACAAACCGAUUAAUGUGUUUGAGGAUCGUAAGUAUUCAAAAUGGCUGGCAGCAAAGGCGGAUAUGGAACCGGAAGAUUUCACAGAAGCCAAAUUUUUCCACUUGAGGCUGCUUCCGGAGGAGUACUGCUAUGCAGAAUAG